AUGUGGGAGCGAGACAAGGCUUUUGACUCCUAUCGUCUGGUUCCAUGGGCGCUGGCAAUCGUCUCCUGUGCACUGAACAUUUGGCUUCUGCUGACGAAUGAGCGAUACUGGCCGGGGACACCGAACGUGCCGGUGACCGCCUCGUGCACUUCGACCGACAUCAAACCCGCCGAGUUCGCUCCCGCGAAGAACAUUCUCUCCGUCGGCCCCGUCCAGUUCACUGGUGGCAUCCGACAUGACGAGAACGGCACCCUUGUUCGGACAAAUCCAGACUCGAAAGCAUACGUCGGCGACCCGCACCCAUCAAUAGACAGAGCCUGGUUUGAGCUGACCAGAGGCCUCGACCUGUACAUCACCCCUACCGAAGCAGAAGAGAUCGAUGCUGAUAUGCAUCUGUUCGAUACUGGUGUGUACCAGAUCGAAGUGGAAUGGUUGCAUGACCUACACUGUCUGAAUUACCUGCGGAAGUCGUUCGAUUUUGAGUAUUACACUGCGGACUUGCACCACCCAGCGGCGUCGCACAUCGCCCAUCGGGAUCACUGUAUCAACUUAUUGCGACAGGUUCUUACAUGUCAUGGUGACAUGACACCUCUUCCGAAGCUGUUCGACGAGGGGACUGGGAGGGAGUAUACCGGGUUCGACAGAGUGCACACAUGUCGGGACCUGAAAAGCCUCCGCAGGUGGGCGACGGAGCGCAGUUACGACGCAUAUGAAAGACAACACGAAGGCGAGAACGCCCAGUGA